GUAGUAGUGCUUGCGUUGUUGACAAACAGACAUGGCGGCCCCAAGCAACAGAGGAACUGAUCGACGUUGUUAGAGAUUUGAACCAAAUCUGAAGUUUUUAGAAAUGUGACGCGCUUGUCUUGCACCAGUAAUUUGCGUAGCCGAGUUAGACAAUGGAGUCUGGAGAAGACACCCCUUCGAUUGAACCGUCUGAGCGAGGCUCCGAGCGGAGCUACAGUCCUGGUUGCGAUGACCAGCUAUUUAACUUUGCUUGUGCCCCUACAUUUGAACCGACUGUUGAAGAAUUCCGAGAUCCUACAGCAUACAUUAGCAAAAUACGCCCACAAGCAGAACGCUUUGGUGCCUGUAAAAUCAAACCACCUCCGGAGUGGUGUCCACCCUUUGCUGCUGACACUGAGAAAUUCAAAUUUACUCCAAGGGUACAACAUUUGACUGGCAAAUGGGAUCGGGAAUGUCCAAACUGUGGCGACUACAAAAGUGAUGUUGAAAAAAUAUAUUGCUGCUUAUGUUAUGAUAUGUAUCACGUGACAUGCUUGGAUCCAAUUCAUGCUGAAAAAGAUGAUGGUGUGUGGUGGUGUUCACGAUGUGUGCGAGGAGAAGAGCAAAGCCGUCAGGACUCGAUGCUGUCAGACCAAAGAUACUCUUUGAGCCAAUUUGGGGAUAUGGCUGACAAAUUCAAGGCAGAAUUUUUCAAUACUCCUCCUGCUCUUAUUCCACUGAAAACUAUAGAGCAUGACUUUUGGCGUUUGAGAGCUUCACCUGAAGAGGAAGUGACUAUUGAAUUUGGGGACAAUCUCUCCAGUGAUGAGUAUGGUUCGGGUUUCCCUAAAUCCUACCAUCGAUCGGAUCCUUUGGAAAUUCGUGAGUGCUAUCGUUCUCCAUGGAAUCUUCAUAAUUUAGCCCGCCUGGAAAAUUCUGUUUUGCAUCAUGUCAAAGAAGCCCAACUGCAUGUCCCUGUUGUUGAUGUAGGGAUGUGCUUUACCACUCAUGGAUGGGUUCAGGCUCCACAUUGGCUUUACUGUGUUAGUUAUCUUCACUGGGGUGAACCUCGUACAUGGUAUAUAAUACCAGGUGACUCUGCAGAGACCUUUGAGUCCUACAUCCUGGAACAGUCACCUCCUGUGCCAUCCUCCAUCACCCCUGAAAAGUUGUGGAGUGCAGAUUUUCCUGUUUACCGUCUCGAGCAGAAGGCAACUGAGUUUGUGAUAAUGUUUCCUAGAGCCUACCAAUUAAACUUUAGCCAUGGUUUCAACUUUGCAGAAUGUGUUUUAUAUGCACCGCCUGACUGGAUUACACAUGGUGGAGACUGUGAAGCUUAUUAUUCUUCUAAGAGACGUCCAAAUUUGUUUUCUCAUUCUGAAAUACUCUGUAGAAUGGCUUGCUCUUGGCCCAAUUUGGAUUCAGCUUUACGGCCAGCUGUCUUUGAAGACUUGAAGGAUUUAUUAAGUGACCAUCGCACUCAAGUUAAAAAAGCACAUAGAAAGGGUGUCACCAGUUCUUCAAAAGAAAUGAUGGAAGCUAUGUCUUGGGGUGAGCGCCGUUGUGUAAUUUGCCAUACUAUUUGCUUUUUGUCAGCUGUCACAUGUUCAUGUGAUUCUGAGAGAAUGGUUUGCUUGGACCAUCUGAAUUGUCUUUGUGACUGUGAUUUUAGUAACUACACCUUAAGAUACCGAUAUUCUGAAGAAGAAAUUCCUCGCUUAUUGAGUAAUUUGUCCAGUUGGGUUGAAGAACUUAAUACCUGGCAACAGAAGGUAGCUGAGUUGUAUAAAUCUUUGUCUGAAAAAGAAGACUUAGAUACAUUUAAGAAGCUCUUUUCCGAAGCUGAAGAAAGUCAGUUCCCAGAAUCAGAACAAUAUCACCAACUAAAGACAACCAUUGAAGAGGCUACUCAACUUGCAGAACUUUGCUCUCAAUUAAGCAAUAGAAAAGUCAGAACUAGGACAUAUACAACAACUGAUGCUAAAGUGAAAUUAUCCUUAGAUGAACUUACUAGUUUAUGUGGUGCAGUAGCAGAUCUAGCUUGCCGAAUUCCCGAGGGAGAUGCAGUUAUUAAUCUUUCCAAGAGAACUGAAAACUGUCGUCGCCUAGCACUUGAGCUGUUGGCACAGGAUUUACCUGACUCAUCAGAACUUGAAGAAUGUUCUGAGCAAGCAAGUGGACUUGACAUUCAUUUCCCAGAGGUGUCUGUCUUGAAACAGAGAAUUAUUCAAGUUGAAUGGCUGGAUGAAGUUAAUGCAUUAAGAGAGGCUCCUGAGCAAGUGACAAUGUAUGCCUUACGAAGGCUUAUUAGCAUUGGAAUUGAACUUCCUCCUCACACCAGGGUUGAGCAAGCCCUCACUGAACUUCAAGUCUUACUUCGGAGUGUUGAAGAUUGGCAGGAGAGGGCAAAGAUUUGUCUGGAUGUGAAAUGUCGCCAGAAUAUUACAAUCCUAGAGUCUUUACUAGAAGAAGCAAAAAGUAUUCCUGCAUAUCUUCCUAACAUUCAAGCUUUGCACAAUGUCUUAAAAAAAGGGAAAGAAUGGAUCUCAAAAGUGGAUGCAAUGCAGAAGUCAGAUGAAUUUCCAUAUCUUGACAUUCUUGAGAAAUUGGUAAAUCAAGGUCGUGGCAUUCCUCUUGAUUUAGAACAACUUCCUGUGCUGGAGCAACAAGUGACAGCAGCUAAAGCCUGGAGGGAUCGCACUUCUCGAACUUUCCUCCGAAAAAAUUCCUUGUAUACUCUCAUGCAGGCACUUGCUCCUCGUACCGUGGUUGGAGUUGAGUCCUUACAUACCAGUAAGACUCUUCAACAAAUGCAGUACCAACAACUGUACCAAUCGUCUGACAUUAAUUCUGUGGACUCAACCACAGUUGUGCAAGUCUUCAAGAAAGCUGAGAUUCAAGAGAUGAUGUCCAUGCGAGAACUAAGGGCUCAAAAUAUCCAGAAAAGAAUGCGUGAUCCUGGAAAUGCUGUAUAUUGUGUUUGUCGAAGAGCAGCUCAUGGUUUAAUGCUUCAAUGUGAACUCUGCAAGGACUCAUUCCAUGCUUCUUGUGUGCCUCUUCCCAAGACAACUGGUAGUAAGGCUCGAUUAAUGACACCUGCACAACAAAUAGCGGCUGCAGCUUCAAAAGAGGUUAAAUUUUUAUGUCCUUGCUGUCUGAGAUCAAGACGGCCACGACUGGAGACCAUUCUCUCCCUUCUAGUCACCAUGCACAAAGUUCCUGUGCGACUCCCAGAGGGAGAUGCUCUGAAGUGUCUUACGGAAAGAGCUAUGAAUUGGCAGGAUCGCGCCCGUCAGACUCUAGCAACUGAAGAACUUGCAUCAGCUCUAGCCAAAUUGUCUGUUCUGUCUCAAAAACUUGUUGAGGCAGCUGCCCGUGAGAAGACCGAGAAAAUAAUCUCAAGUGAAUUGAAGAAAGCUGCCUGCAAGCCAGAGUUAGGAAUCAAUAUGAUGGCCAUCAGAGCUAGUCAUACCACAGGUGUUGAAAAAUAUCAUGAUGGUGAAGAUCAUAAUACAAGCUUUAGUAAUUCUGAGCAUGCAUACUCAUCUGCAUCUAAAAGCGUGCAAGGAGCUUGUGCCAUGAGUGGGACACCUGGAAACAAAGGGAAACUAAAUCUGCACACUCCACUCCUCUCCUUAACUGAGGCUGUCCGUGCUCAACUGGAGGAAUUAAUGAUGGAAGGAGAUCUUCUUGAAGUAUCUCUGGAUGAGACCCAACAUAUUUGGAGAAUUUUGCAAGCCACCAAACCACCACAGAACUAUAAAUAUCCUGAUAUUGAUGACAUAGAGCAUGAACUGAUGGCAUCACAGGUUGAAAGGGAGAGGAUUAUGAAUGAUCACAAAAAGGAAAGAAGACGAAAACACAGUGAAAUGGAGAGCCCUGGUAUGAGUUAUCCAGUUCCGCCAAGGAAGCCUCGAAUGUCUUUUCCUAAUGAAUUUGAUAAAAUUCGUCGCCCUCGGCUAAAGGGCAUGAAAAGAGGCUUUAAAAGAGAUAUGGGUCCUAUGCGAGGACAGAGAAAGCAAACUGAUGGUAGGUUCCAGUCAAGAAAGGGCAAGCGAGGAAAGUCAGAUGAUGACAAUGAUGACUGUUCUGCACGACCUUGCCUACAUCCUCUAGAGCGAGAAGUUGAUUGGGUGCAAUGUGAUGGCGGCUGUGAAUUGUGGUUCCAUCUCUUCUGUGUUGGAUUGGACAAGCGGGAUGUGAAAGAAGAUGAGGAUUUCAUCUGCAGAGUUUGUGUAGGAAGAGGUUCAUCUUAAUUGUUCUGUGUCAUUCCAAAGUUAUUGUUUUAUAAAGAUUAUAAAAUGUUGAAUUUUCCCCUGUAAUUUUCAGUCACGAAAGACCUGAAUACAUUCAAUUUAUUUUUA